UAGUGGAUUAGUUAUAAAUCACAUAGCAGUGCAUGAAGAUUUGUGUCAAAGUCUGCGGCCGGUGUUUUGUUUAUGGGGAAAGGAAAAGGAAAGUAAACACACGUUUAAUCUCAUCGAACAGAGCAGUGAUUAAUUUCGUACCUGGAGUUUGUACAUACGCGAGUUGGACAAGGAUGUAUCCAACCUCCUGCGACACAUUUGUAGCCUUGCCUCCAUCUACAGAGGGUCAGCGGAUAGUCUUCGGGAAGAACUCGGACAGACCCUGCGAUGAGGUUCAAGAGGUGGUCUACUUCCCUGCCAAAGACCAUGAACCAGGAGAAAAACUCGAGUGUACAUAUAUAGAGAUCGAGCAGGUGGCUCAGACGCAUGCGGUGGUCCUGAGUCGUCCCGCCUGGCUGUGGGGGGCAGAGAUGGGGGCGAACGAGCAUCAGGUGUGCAUCGGGAACGAGGCGGUUUGGGGGAAAGAGAGUGUGGACGGUCAAGAGGCUCUCCUGGGCAUGGAUCUCGUCAGGCUGGCUUUGGAGAGGGCCGACACCGCUGAGCGCGCUGUAGACGUGAUAACAGAUCUGCUGGAGAAACACGGCCAGGGAGGGAACUGUAUGGAGGAUGAGUGUGGACUCACCUAUCACAACAGCUUCCUCAUAUCAGACCGCAGCGAGGCCUGGGUGCUGGAGACUGCUGGGAAAUACUGGGCAGCAGAGAGAGUGGAGGCUGGCUAUCGUAACAUCUCCAACGAGUACUCCAUCACGACUAAGAUCGACAGGGAGCACCCGGAGCUGAGGACGUACGCAGAGAAGCAGCGCUGGUGGAACGGAAAGACUGAGUUCAGCUUUGCUAAGGUUUACUCUUACUCCAAUACAGCUCGGAUCGAGGCGGCCGAGGGACGCUACUGCGAGGGACGCAAGCUUCUGCACAAGAGCCAAGGCCACAUCACAGCAGAGACGAUGAUGGAGAUUUUGAGGGAUAAGGAGAGCGGGAUCAACAUGGAGGGGUUGUUCAUGACCACAGGAAGUAUGGUGUCUGUCGUCCCGAAGGACCAGAACCUCCCCGGGGUCCACUUCUUCACUGCCACCCCAGACCCUGAGCGGUCUGUCUUCAAGCCGUUUAUUUUUGUAGUGGACAUAAAGCAGCUGAAGCACACGUGUUCUCCGUGUUUUGGGGAGGAGGAUCCCGUGAAGAAGAAACCCCGUUUCCAGAGCAAACCCAACCGCAAACACCCUCUGUUUCUGAAACACGAGGGGGCCGCGGUCAUCAUCGACAGCGGCGGGGAGCGAGGAGAGAGGAUGGAAGAGGAGAUGAGAGCUCUGGAGAAGCAGAAGUUGGCAGAGAUGGAGAAAUAUCUCACUAAAGGGAUUGAAGAUGCAACGCUGCUGGUUCAUCUCUUCACAGACACUGUAGAUGAGGAGUUUAGCAUCUAUAGCAACGCCUGAGACUUAGUUUAUGAAUCAAAGUCAUUGGAUUGCUGCGUGUUUCUUCAACUCUGGGCACUUUUGGACCUGAGGGUCACUAGCUUCACUGAAUUGCAGAUUGAUUGCAGUGGAGGCAUAAUACAAGUGAUGUGAACUCACACAUCACAUGUCUCAAAAUGUAUUUUCUAGCUCUUCACUGAUGCUAAUUGCAUUUUUUACUGAUACUAACCCUAUGUGGAUAUAACAAAAAGUCAAUUUUGUCUGAUAAUAUCAUCAUUUACCAUGUAAUUAUUCAUGGUUUUAUUACGGAUUUUCAAAGUUUAUUCAGUUUGGUAACGCUUUACAAUUAAUUCAUUAAUUAACAUUAACUAACAAUGAGCUGUGCAUUUGCUACGGCAUUUAUUUAAACAUUUUUGUUCACAUUAGGUAAUAAAAAUGCAACAGUUUAUUAUAAGUUCAUGUCAGCUCAAGUUGUAAAUGUAACAUUCAACAAACUAAAAUUGAUCAUUCUUUGAUAGCUAACCUACGUAGCAUAUGUUAACAAAUUGUAAAGUGUUACAAAAUAAAUCUUUAGUGUAAAAUUUAAAUCUAUAACUAUAACAAAUAUAAAUGAUGGCGUUGAGGAGUUCCUUCAUACAGCUUCGUAUUUAAACCCCUCAGACACAAAAGAUCCCAGAGUUGAAUAAACGCCCUCAUACUGUU